AUGUCCGAGAAGGAGGUCUUGAUCAUAAGAGGUGAAGGUGAUGGUCAAGAUGGAUGGUCUCCAGACAUUGUUGUAGGUGUCGACUUUGGAAUGACCUAUACAGGUGUCGCCUAUUCCUCUGCACCAGAAUGGCUUCCUCCGAAAACAAUUCAACGUUGGCCUGGAAAAUUACCAGGGGAGCUCUCAAAUAAAGUACCGACUUGCAUAGAGUACGACGAAGAAUCGGGGAAUGUGAAAAACUGGGGCUUCUUAUGUGACCCAGAAGAUAAGGGCUCCAACGUGAAGGAAUUCUUCAAGCUACAUCUUGCGCCUCAGUACCAUGAUGACUACCCGGGAUGCCCGACUCGUCUCGAAGCGCAACGCUGGUUCCGAGACUACAUCCAGUGUGUCUAUCGGCAUGUGAUAUCUCACUUCGCCUCCACGAUUCCUCAGUUUGUCUCGCGUCAUGUCGAAUUUCUCUUUAGUGUGCCAACAACGUGGAAAGAUGUACGAAUGGUGGAGGAAACUCGAAAGAUUCUCGAACAAGUAAUUUGCACCAAGACUCCAAUGCAUCGUGUCUCAAUUGGCUUGACCGAAGCAGAGGCAGCUGCCGUCUAUGCUGGAAAUGAACAUUACCAGGAAGAAGAUACUCUGCUUGUCUGCGAUGCUGGCGGGGGAACCACCGAUGUUAAUGUGCUAAAGUUGACCUCCUCGCGCGGAGAGCCAACUAGACUCGAGCAACUUGGUCACGUUGAAGGUCUUCCCAUUGGCUCUGUCUUCAUCGAUAGGUUUAUGCAUCAACUUAUGUGUGAAAAGCUGGAACAGAUACGUCAACACUUGCAGCUUGCACCCAGUGAGGCUGCUUGGAAAAUGACUUCAGGGCGCUUUCAAAGACUUAAAUGCGCUUUUGGCACUGAAGCAACCUUGACUCCAUGGCUGAAGCUAGAUGUACCCUCCCUGGAGUCCGAUGCCGAUUUUCCCGAAGCCGACGUAUAUAACGGGCAAAUGCAAAUUGCAUGGGACGACCUUAAGAAAUCAUUUGAUCUGAAGGUUGAUGAAAUUAUCAAUCUUGUUGAUGGUCAUAUCCAACAAAUGCACGAUAAAUACCCCAAUGACAAUAUUCGUUAUAUGGUACUUUCUGGUGGUUUUGGUAGUUCCCCCUACGUCAGGCAGCGCCUUGUUGAGAGUUUGACUGUGGUGGGACCCAAGAGCCAUCCAAAUGCGGAAGGUCAGAUCAUGUUAACGCAACAUAGGCAGCUUGUCGUGGUUCACGGCUUAGUCCUGGAUCGAAUACAAAAGAUCAAGAGUGGCGUGGUCACCUUUGGAUCUCGGUGCUCUCCCGUAAGCUAUGGCAUUAUUUGUGACAAAAUCUACCACCCGGAGAAGCAUAUUGGGGAGCCAGUGCGCCAUGACCCAAGAGAUAAGACGACCUAUGCAAUUGACCAAAUUGACUGGCUUGUUAUUCAGGGACGUCCAAUUCCAAGUACUGGCUUUUCCAAGCAAUUCCAACUCAAAAUGGAUCCCGGUCGAGAAAGUACCCCCUGGAGAGUAAGCAUCGUCAUGUCUGCCCUUCCACCUGACCAACUACCCCACAAUCUGAGCCGCAAGGGGUCUCAACGAAUUUGCGAUCUUGAUAUCUCGACAGAUAGCGUGGACAAGAAGUUGAAAAAUCGACACUGGUAUAGCAUGAAGCCAGCUUUUUGGAGAACAACCUUUGACGUGAGGGUGGUAGUCGGGCCAGCCGAUCUCUCCUUUCAACUGUGGUCACGAGACAAAAGGAUCCAAGCAAGCAAACAUGAGCCUAUUGCUGUGCAAUGGAUGCCAGCCAGUGACUUCAACUAA